CAGUAUCCUCCUAAACGCGCGAGACGACUGACAUCAUUAACGUGUUAAUUCAAUAAUUGUUUAUUAAUUAAUUAAAUAGAGUUUUAAGCGGACCUAUUGCGUCGCUCGUGUGCUCGACCAGAAGCCAGGGCCGGGCGCGGAGACCCCGCGCGGCGCGGGGGAGGAGCAGCCCUCGCGCCCCGACCAGGACAUCAGCAUCUCCAGCGAGGACACCAACCCGGGAACGGACCAGGACCCCUCGGGCACCAACGUGGGCGCCGAGUCGCGACCACAGGACAACGUGGUGUUCAUCAUGAACGCCAAGGCGGAGGACCGCGCCACCAGCUUUUUCGCGCAGCCGGGCAUUCUAGCUGCUGUAAUCGGCGGAGCUGUAGUCGGGCUCCUCUGUGCGAUCCUAGUGGUGAUGUUCAUAGUGUACCGCAUGCGCAAGAAGGACGAGGGCUCGUACGCGCUCGAUGAGCCUAAGCGGAGCCCCGCCGCCGCCUCCUACGGCAAGGGCCAGAACAACCGCGAGUUCUACGCGUGAGACCACUCAGAACAAACCCUGCCACGUGUUUACUAGUCGACGGACCGACCUAUAGCUAGCUCUGUCUACAAUUAAUUCAUCCACAGCAAAAUGGUCGUGGUGAACGAUUCAAUCGCACACUUAAUGACAAUACUAAGUUCUAAACGAGAGGAAUAAAGAAUAAGUAUCUAUUGACAUGGAAUUAUUUAUGCUAGUGGAAUGUUCAUCCGAUAGGAAUGGUGUAAGUGAGCGAUUAAAUCGUAUCAAAAAACAACUUUAUUGAAAUUGUAAAAUCGUGAUGUGGAUUAAUUUAAUUGUGUAUAGUGAGUGUAAUAGCCACUUGGCCGGUCAUUCCAUUCUCAAAUUUUUAAUUCCUUCCGUUAGUAGCUCUUUUGUUAACGUGGCUAAACUUGUUCUGUAAACCGAAAAAACAUCAAAUCGACGCUUUUAUUUGAAAAAUUUGACACGAUUGUACUUGAAUGUAUGAAUCAAGUAGAAAUAUAGUGUAGGACGGAUGCAUUGUGUGAAACGAUCACUUUGAGGCAAAAUUUCGAUAGUUUUCUGACUUCAAGUACUGAGACCAAUGUGGUUGAGUGUUUGAUAUCAUUCUGUAGUUGAUGAAUUUGAGAUCUUGUACCUAUAGAUUUGUCUGUAAAAUAAUGUGCCAUUCGCUUCCUCUUCAACUGUAUAUUGCCUAACUACGCGUAGAUCUACUCUACAUACUAUAAAAAUCUCAAAAAUGUCUAUGGAUACGUCCAUUGUUCGUCUAUGAUGUAUGUGUAAUUUAAUUGUGUAGGUAAAUAGAUUAUAUCGGUUAUUAUGUGUACGUUAAAUGAAUUCUUAUUACAUAUCGCUUCCAUGAAAUAUACCAUCGAAAAAUUUUGGAAAGUAUUUAUUUAAUAUUGGCUGUAAUUUUAAAAUUGAGACUUUCAAAAUAUUGAAUGUUAUGUACUUUUCGGUGUUCCUUUUGUAUUUAGGUUACUGUAAUAUUUUGGGUAAAUAUUCUUUUAUUUUUUGCACUUUUAGCAAUUGGGGUUUCGAAUAAUAUUAAUUAAUGUUAUAUUUUAGCAUAAGCAACUAAAUUAAAUGUAUACAGUGGGUACCUAUAUUAUAUUUAAUGAACUACAAAAAAAAACAAUUUUAAUAUGUAAAAUAUCAAUAUCCCACAUUCUAUUUGAUUUAAUGAUUUUUUUAAUGUAUUUAAUUUUUUACUGACUGUAUACAUUUCGAGACGAAUACAUUUUGUCACUUUGGCUAUGAACUGAGGUUUUUCAUAUAUACGAUAUAAUUUCAUUAUUUAGUCUUUAUUCAUUUUUUAAUUAUGUACUUUGACAUUGCUAAAUACUACCUAAUGGUCUGAUGCAUUUAGUUUCAGUAGCUUUACCAUAAGUUUGUUACUGGCAUAUUCGCUUAGCGUAUACGUAACUUAUCAUCAACGAAUGUGGGGUCCAUUUCUCGAACAAUAUUAGACUUAAUCCAUGAACUGUCAAAUCGUAUGUAAUCGUUCCAUGGCAACACACUAAUAUUAUUAGACUAACAUCUUUCGAGAAACGGGCUAAUAGCUUGUACAUUAUGCAGUCGGUAGCGACGACCUCAAUGUCAAACUUAUGAAAGCCGUAAUACUGUCAAAGUGACGGAAAAAGUUUUGUAUCUUUAACAUUUCUGAUAUUAGGUUGUGCAACGAAAUAUAUAUUUUACUACUAAUUUGUGAUUUCUCUUCAGUUGUUAAACACUUGUGCCAUCUUCAAUAAUUUAUUUAAAAUAGCGUGCUUGACUCCAAAUGAAUUUUAAUUUAUCAAAUAAACGAGUCAAUUAAUUUAUUUAGCGUAAAUUAAAGCAUGUGUUUAUGACUGUUAUACAAUAAACUAACAUAAUAUUUUAUAAGGAUUCAAUAGAUUGGUAACUAUUGUUUAGAAAAUUUAAUAUUUGGUAUAUUAUUUAAAUUGAUGUAACUAACUUUAAUGACAUAUGAAUGUAUAAAUAUUCGGGAAAUUAUAAGCACGUAUUGGACAUUUCAUUAGAAAAGUAGUUGUUGAUAACCAAAUAUUUUCUUGUUGUAAACUGCAUAUUUAAAUUUGUAAAUUUACUUAUAAAAUUAACCAUAAUUUUGCGAAUUUUAGUGUUUUUUACUUGAUGUUAUUAAAUAAGGAAAUAACACACAUUCAAUUAUCUAAAGGCCAGUUUUUAUAAAUAAUUAUAUUUCGUCCAGGAAAAACACAGUAGACACAUAAAUGGCUUAAAUAAUUACGUAGUUAUUGUCCCUAUAUUUGUUUUUUUCCUACAGCUUAAGGCAAAAACAUGUAAAGAAUAUUCAAUAGCAGUUUACUCCAAGAAGAGCAAAUUAUUUGAGAAAUCCCAAACAUUCCUAUCGGAUCCAUAUAUUAUACAAUAAGUAGCGAGCCAGUGCUCUCUUAGGACACUUAUUUGAAUGCUAAUAUAGAUACUUUAUAGAUACAUGACAUUUUUUAGAUUGCUGUACCUUGCCCAUUUAUACGUCACGAAAACUAUAUCAACUAACCAACCUCAACAGUCCGCAGUGCAACUAAAAUUGUAUGCUAGUCUGCGCGCCGUCUAAACAGGUAAUAAGGCCUGCGAUACACAAUUACACAUGCCUUUAUCUUGCACAACAGGCAUGCCAGCCGCGUACAAAAUCACUGGCAAAUGGCCUAGGAUAAUAUUUGUACGUGGUGGCAUGCCAGUUAUGCAAGCUGCAUGCAUGUGUAUCGCAGGUUACUAAAGUCAGACCAAAGCUAACAGAUUUUAAUAGCGUAGACUUUGCACGUGUUAAGUAAAAGUAAUUUGAUAGAAGUAUGACGUUUACAAUCGCAUUUGUGCAAUCUGUGAUUUCAAAAUCGUUGUUAACUUAGUUUGGUUUGUUCCACAAGAAGGUUAAAAAAAAUGUUUAGAUAUUGUAUAGGUAGAACCUGCCAAUAAAAAUCGGCCUGCAAAUAUCUAGUAAUAACUUUACUGACUCUAAAUUAGCAUUCAUCUAAAUGACAAUUAGUGUAUAAGGAUUUGUACAUUGUAAUUGUAAAUUCUUUUAGACUUAAACUGAGUAAUUUAUACAGAAAUAAUUAUACUACAAUAAUUAUAAUAUGGCUAAAGCUGAAAAUGUUAAAAUGCAUCUAACAGUCCUUAACAAUAAUAUUAAUUAUCGAAAAUUAAAAUAAUAAGAGACGUAUUACGACUCUAAAAAUUUAAAACAUUAAAUUGUGUUGACGAAAUUGUCUCUUAAAUUAAAAUUGAAAACUUGAUGGAGACGACUUUAUCAAUAUUUCCUAAGAAUGAAAUUUUGAUAAAAUCGUAAAGGAGAAAAUAAUGCGAAGUAUUUUUACAGGAAAGUUAUGCCACAAAUACAUAAUCAUGACAAUGCAUAUAAACACAAUAAUUAACAGCAAUGUCACAACCUAGGAUAAUGUUUGUUUUGAAUAAUACCACAACCGAUCAUAUGUACAGCCCUUUCCAAAUUUACUUUACUUAAUAAAUAGAGGAUUAUAAUUAUACAUAAAUUAGAAAACCCCGAUUAUUAAGUAAAGUAUAAGAAAUAUGAAAAUCAUGUUAAGAUUGGGUGAUUGGAUUGUCAUCCAAUUUACUGUUGAUUUCUGUUACGAUUUGUGAUGCCGACUGUACAUAUUCGUAGAAGGACGAGAAUUUAAAGUAAAUGUCAUAUACAAAGAAAAAGUGACCAAGGCCUCCAAGUGUCCCGAGCUGGAAUCGAACCAGCGUACUCCGUUUACCGGACGGAUGCCUAAACUGCUCGUCCAUUGGGUCACGGUGGCAAGGUCGAAAAUUUCAGGUAUAUGACAAUUUCCGAAGACUUCUUGUGGCUCCUGCCAACCCUGAGGUAUAUUAGAACAUUAUGGUUCGAGCUCUUAGCUGAUUCAAAUCACGUGAUUUCACACUAGUGAAGGGAGAUGGCGCUGCCAGAAAUACUCUAAGAAGUCUAAGAACAAAUGAAAUAAUUUUAUGUUCUAUCCCCGUGUUCUACAAGUGUGUAUACCCGGCAUGAAAUACUGGUUCUAAUAGUACACAAUGAUUGAAGUUUUAUUCGUGAACAGUAGAAGUAUCAUUUUCAUCAUCGCAAUUGAAAGAGUAGGUUAGCACUUACGUCUAAAUCAUAGGCCAUGGUAAAGUUGUAUGGGACAAAACCGCGUGUAAAUCAAAGUGAAAACAUGUGAUUUUAAUAAUACAAAGUUCCUAUACGACACAUGCCAUUUCCAUAAGUUAUUUGAUCGAUAUAGAACAAAAACCACUUUGUCACAAUAUGCUAUGGUGUCUAUAAAAUAGUUUCACAAUAGGCUUCGUCAACUAUGUAUCCUCUUUCUAACCACCUACAUAUUAUUAUGUACCUACUCUAUUUCUUAUCUAUAAAUCUGCAUACUUCUACUACUACUUUCCUAUUCUAUUGUGGGGUUACCUACUUUAGAACCAAGCUUAGGUACCUACUAGGCCUAAUAUCGUCUUAAGAUUUGUAUUAUUAAGCAUUUUUUCUACAAAUACGUAACCGACUUUUCCUUGAUUCUAGGCUAAAUAUGCAUUCAUUUUGUAGCGACAUGUAGAAACGUCAUCUUUUGUUCGUGGUGGCGUUUCCACAUUACAAAAUCUGUGCAGUUUUGCUUAGACGGAGUCUACACGUAAAUGGUUACCGUUGGCGUCUACACGUAAAGGGUUACCGUUGGAGUCUACACGUAAAGGGUUACCGUUGGAGUCUACACGUAAAGGGUUACCGUUGAUAAUGUUACUUCUACUGUUCACGACGGAACUAAUAAAAUAACGCCUAGGUUAUGGUAGGCAUAACUUAUUGAUGUCCACCUUGUAAAUAAUGCUCCUUUACACUUAAUAUACAGGUCAUUAUGAACAA